GUCGCGGAUCUAACACUGAGUUAUGAAUUGCGGUCACUCUGUCAGCUUAUUGAGUUCUUUGCCGCAGAGUCCUCAGCGUGUACAGUCAGUUACUGACCUUGACCAUCUGAAACUACUCAGACGGAAGGUGGUUGAACUAAUAAAGCAUCAACCAGGAUGUCAAAUACUACUGAGCAAAUUUAUGUCUAGUUAUCAUGACUACUUUGGCGAACAAUUCCGAGUAGCUGAUUAUGGCUUUGCUAAAUUGCGCGAACUACUGAGCGCUUUGUCUGAUGUUGUUCAGAUUAUCGGUUCGGGAAAUAUGAAGAUGGUGACACUAUCUCACCGUGUGCAAGUCCGACGGUUCACCAAUGAACUGAUCAAAGUGCUUAAAUCUCAGCCGACAAAGUGUUGUCAUUUAUCUGAUUAUCCGACAAUGUAUGAACGCACUUACCGCAAAGAAUUCUGUAUAACAGAUUAUGGUGUCUGUUAUCUUACUGAUAUGCUGUCGGAACUGUCUGACAAUGUUGUGGAAGUAACUGGUUCGGGUUCGGACACAGUUGUGUCAUUACCAAGACUCGUACAAACCAGUGAGGAAAGGUAUCGCAUCACAAUGUUUGCGGAUGAAGUGAUCGAUCUUCUCGGUCAAAGACCUCGUUGCCGACUGCCUAUUAAUAAAUUUAUUCCAUCGUAUUACCAUCAUUUUAGUCGACAGUGUCGAGUAUCUGACUAUGGCUUCACAAAACUAGCGGACCUUCUGGAGGCGAUUUCCAGUGUAAUCCAGAUUAAGGAAGAAAGGAAAGAAAAAUAUAUCAGCCUUCUGCCUGAAAAACACUUGCAAAUUUUCGCGGAAAAACUUCUGGUCCUUCUGGAAGCGUCACCAGACAGAAGAAUACCUAUCAAUGAUCUGACAGAUGUGUAUGCAAGACAUCACGGUUAUGCUUUGUGUUUGGAGGAUUUCAACGUGUUCUCAUUGAAAGAGUUAUUAUCCAAGUUUCCACAUCUAUUCUAUACUGAGGUACACCAUUCACAAGAAAUACAGAAUACAUCGAAACUGUCAUCAGAAGAUACACUAACUGAAAAUAUUGGAGGUGUCGAGCAACAGACCGGACGGAAUCAAGGUAGUGGUCAAGUAGCAGAUACGAAAGUGGGAAAUACUGCAGCCAUUGAUUACCCCACUUCGAAUUACAAUGCUAUUGAAUAUGUGUGCUUAGUUGAUCGAACAGUGAUCAAACAUCUAGCACACAGGGUUAUUUUUAUAUUGCAACAAUAUCAGCUAGGAGCUACGUCUCUUCUGUCGUUUUACGUACUGUUCCAAUAUCAGUUUAGAAAUGAACCUAUGUUGGAUGUAAUAUUUGAAGAAUUGGAAAGUAUUGUGGAGCUUCGAAAGGAUUUGCCCAAUCCACGUGGCGCAAUGUCAUUUGGCUCAUCGAAUGAAGCAAUUCCACAUGACGUCAUAAAUCCUCCCCAUUAUAGACAUACUCAACUUCAAAGCUAUUCGUUUCAGAAUGUGUGUAAUGGUGACCACAGUACGGAAAUUCCAUCGGUAAUACUAUUGAAUCACUUUAUAUCUCUUCGUCCACUGAUCAGACUAGCCGGCGACUUGAAAGAGCUAUUAAGUCACAAUAAUGGGAAGAUCUUACUUGUACAUUUGUGUACCAUGUACCGAAAACAUUUUGGUGUUCCGUUGAAACCAGAGAAUUAUAAUUACCGAUCGUUGGUAACCUUGUUAAAAGCGAUGGAUUUUGUGGUCUCAAUGAGAGGUCGUGGUCUUCAGUGCACAGUGUGUCUAUGCGAGGACUUUAUAGGAAGAUUAUCAUACCGAGUCGCAUACAAUACAAAGGUGAAAUUUAAGCUUUCUUCACACGAAAACGAGCUGGAAAUGCUCAAAUAUUUGUUCAACCAUGAAUCCAUUUUCAGUGGAAAACUCCCAAGUUCAUCACUGGACAUCUUGUGUUUAGCCUUUCGACCUCAUCGUUCUUCAACGCCUAAAUCUGAAGAGUCUGCAAAGCCGAGUCGAGCAGAAUUAUUGUAUGAAAACAAUUCCGUUGGUGAUGUUUGCUGCAAUGAAGUGGUCAAUUCCAAAGAAUUAAUUUAUAACGGAAUGAUUCAGCCUUCAUCAUCCCGAUCGUUCGCAUAUCGACUUCCUUAUGCUCAUUAUUCUCUGACUACUUCCGGUCAAACCGGUUCUUUCACAAUGGCGUCAGGUUUGAGUUCAUCACAAUAUGGUUACUACCACUUCUCACCAGCCCCUCCGAAUAGAAUACGACAUUUUCCGAUUGCCUGCGGAAACUACGUCGACCAUGUGAAUCCGAGUUCUCAAACUGCAAUCCCUUUUCCACCUAAUCGAAUAAGGUAUGCAUAUAAUGGAAAGCAGCACGCACCAGAUUGUCAUCUACCUCCUUCUAGUGCAUUCAAUCCUACCACUAAUGGCUCUCAAACACACUAUCCUACUUUCACAAUCUUACCACCUAAUCAAACAUCAAGCAGAAAAUUUGUGGUACCUACUAGUGCACCGACGAUCCCAAACAUUCCAUAUGCAAAUGUAGUAUUUCCAUCACCUCAGUUUUAUCCUCUUGGUGUAGAUAUGACUUAUCCGGCUCCACUCAGUCAAGCGAAUCAUCACCAAACCAACCCUCAAUAUACCGGGCUAGAAUUCACUAAUCAACAGGUGGCUGGUACGAAUCCGAAUGUCAAUUCGAUUUAUCCAGCCAAACAGUCUGUCCAGUGUCGUUUCUGUCCGGAGAAAUCUUCGAACAUCGUAUCUUCUUUUCGUGCACCAGUCAAGUCGAUUUCCUUGUCUACUUCCCAACAGUGGUUAAAUGAGCUGGUUGAAAGACUGGCCUACGGUAAUUUACACAGUGGAGUGAAUUUAGUUAACAGUAGAUCUGACCGCCUACAUGAUGAAUUGAAAAGUACUAACAUGGUGAUGGCUGCACAGAACGCUGAAACUGCUCAUCCUUCAAAUGUUUAUCAUACAACGAAUAUGGUAGAUUGUACACAGUUUUUGUCAAACUACUUCACUCUAUCAACAUCUAACAACUCUUAUUCACGGAUAAAUCCUUUUACAAAUAAUGCAUUACAGUAUUCUUCAAUUCACAACCGAAAUAUUCUCACUAGUCAACCUGGAGUGGUUAAGCUUCCAACGAAUAACUCCUGUAUGUUUUAUAAUACAGAGUGCUCGAAUAUACCAUUUUAUCUUGGGGGCGAAGGGGGUUAUACCGGUUGUAACCAAACGGCCAGUUCUUCUUGCAGAUAUUUCACUGGAGAGUGUUCAAAAGGACAGAUAAGUGGUGUUGUGAAUUCUAAUGGUGGUGUCAAGCGGCCGAUUCCAAUGAGAACACGUUCUCAAGCUAGUCAGUUACUGUCUCAUAAUCAACAUAAGUAUAUGCAGAACUUGUUGCCUAAUAAAUUCACCGGAGAAACAAUGAUGACAUUAACAAGUAAUUCUUCAGCUGGAUUCCUAGACGGAAAGCAGUCUGCGAUUACGGAAGAUCCCUUUUUAUCUGAAAGUGACCAACUUCAUAGAGCAAGUUCUACUGUUCAUUGUUUCAAUCAACCUGUGGACUAUGUACAAAAUCACACAAAUCCCCUUGCUCAAAGGAAUUACUUUCAGAAUAAUAACGACACACAGCGAAUGAAGUUAUCACAACGGCUUUUAUCACAUACCACUGGUUUAGGAAGUGCGUUUCCACUUCAGUGACGUUUAUAUGAUGAGUAAGAAAGCUACACUCCUACAGAAUGUCUUAAACAGAGAAAGACAAAUCAAAACAACAAGGUGCAAUGACUUUUAUCGUAAAACUACUUAAUUGGUAUCUUUCUUCAAUAUAUGUACAUAUAUACGUAUAUAAACAAAGAAUUACAUGCGAAGUUUAAUUCAGAUACUGAAUACAGACACUUCUCGGUGUCAGUAGUAUGCAUAUGACACAGAUAAUUAUCUACAGUCAUUUGAAGUUAUAUAGUAUUUGCCUGCGCAUAACAUCAUUGAGGAAUUGAAAUGGACAGUAAACAAACAUCUACACGUUUACUGAAAUAUUUCUUCUCACAAAGUUGUUUAAUUCUACUGCUGUUUGUUAUGCAGAACAUGCGCACCACUUGUUAUCUGCUCUUAAUAGAAAGUAUUGUUUCUAUCGCUGAUUUAAAAAAGUACGUUUGCUUUUCUAUUGUGCAGUAAUCCUACCAUGAUAU